GACUAUCUUGUCAAUAUAAUAGAUCGUCUUUGGCAACAGCGCUGUUUUACGACAGUUGCAUGCCGUAUUCCAAGCGUCCGGUGUCGUACAUUUUGCAGAAUCACCAUGGCGUCUGUAUUGAAAGAGACCGCGGGGCUAUAUGAAACAUUGAAAACGGAAUGGAACAAGAAAAAUCCCAAUCUGAACAAAUGUGGAGAAAUUUUGAGCAAGCUCAAGGUAAAGGCUAUUACAAUAUUUGGUUGCUUCACCCUCGAACCUAAGUAAUAGGGGAUUUUGUCAAUUAGCUAGUAUUGCUAGCUAACGUUAGCUAAGCUAACGUAACCAACUGUUUUACAAAUAUGUUAACUGUCCGUUGCUAUUUCUUUCUACAGAUUUCGUUGUUGGAGUUAAACUUCUUACCAACAACUGGGACUAAGCUCACCAAACAGCAGCUUAUUUUAGCUCGUAAGUAUCUAGUCAUCACAACACAAUGCUAACUAGCGAACGUUAGCUGGGUCAUUCCUACAAUGCAAUGCCUUUUCUGGCCCCAGGAAAUAUCAGUUCUAAUGUCGUGAAAAUGUGGAUUCCAAAAGGUUUAAAAUAUAACGUCAGGUAUGCUUUACCGUAACAACACCAAAAUAUGGAUCCUGAAAGUGAAUUUUAUGCAUUUUAAACACUUUGUCAGUGGAUGUAGGCGUUUAUGCCAUGUCCCCAGUGUGUCCCGGAUAUCACUUUCCACCCUGUUAGUUUGUAAUUCUCCAUUUAAGAAAACAACCCCUUACUACAAUGACACCACAUUCAGGAAGUGUCAUAAUUUAUUUGGUGGGAAAACUAUGGUGCAAAGCUAAAUAAAUAUAAACACUCAGUUUGAUCUAUUUGUAAAUGUUUCAUGUUAGGCUAAAUUAUAGCGAAUAAACAUGUUAAAUGUGUUUGAUAGAGAAGUUAAAAUCCUGUUCAAGUGUUCACCAAUAUGCUAGCUCAAUCUUGCUUACUCAGAGCUAUGGCCAAGUUAGGCUCAAAAUCAAAUGUCAACCCUGUUAGGUUCCACCCUGUUAGGAUUAUGCACCUAACAAAUUGGAAAAUGCACCCAAAAAUGUUGUAUGUGCCUGAGCUUGACCAAUAUGGUUUUGUGAAAGUCAAACUUGGCCUUUUUCUGAUAGUAUGUAUGUGGACCUGUCCUCUCUGCUGCCCUCUACACACACACACACACACACACACACAGUUGAAGUCCUGUGUAGCUCAGUUGGUAGAGCAUGGCGUUUGCAACGCCAGGGUUGUGGGUUCGAUUCCAACGGGGGACCAGUAUGAAAAUGUAUGCACUGACUAACUGUAAGUCGCUCUGGAUAAGAGCGUCUGCUAAAUGACUAAAAUGUAAAUGUUAAGUCGUAAGUUUACAUACACUUAGGUUGGGGUCAUUAAAACUCGUUUUUCAACCACUCCACAAAUUUCUUGUUAACUAUAGUUUGGGCAAGUCGUUUAGGACAUCUACUUUGUGCAUGACACAAGUCAUUUUUCCAACAAUUGUUUACAGACAGAUUAUUUCACUUAUAAUUCACUGUAUCACAAUUCCAGUGGGUCAGAAGUUUGCAUACACUAAGUUGACUGUGCCUUUAAACAGCUUGGAAAAUUCCAGAAAAUGAUGUCAUAGCUUUAGAAGCUUCUGAUAGGCUAAUUGACAUCAAUUUAGUCAAUUGGAGGUGUACCUGUGGAGGUAUUUCAAGGCCUACCUUCAAACUCUGUGCCUCUGCUUGACAUCAUGGGAAAAUGAAAAUAAAUCAGCCAAGACCUCAGUAAAAAAUUGUAGACCUCCAAAAGUCUGGUUCAUCCUUGGGACCAAUUUCCAAACGCCUGAAGGUACCGCGUUCAUCUGUACAAACAAUAGUACGCAAGUAUAAACACCAUGGGACCACGCAGCCGUCAUACCGCUCAGGAAGGAGACGCGUUCUGUCUCCUAGAUAUUAACAUACUUUGGUGCGAAAAGUGCAAAUCAAUCCCAGAACAACAGCAAAGGACCUUGUGAAGAUGCUGGAGGAAACCGGUACAAAAGUAUCUAUAUCCACAUUAAAACGAGUCCUAUAUUUACAUAACCUGAAAGGCUGCUCAGCAGGGAAGAAGCCACUGCUCCAAAACCACCAUACAAAAGCCAGACUACGGUUUGCAACUGCACAUGGGGACAAAGAUUGUAGUUUUUGGAGAAAUGUCCUCUGGUCUGAUGAAACAAAUAGAACUGUUUGGCCAUAAUGACCAUCGUUAUGUUUGGAGGAAAACCCACAUCCCUGCCGGCCAAACCCUCCCCUACCUUGGAUGACGCUGGACCAAUUGUGCGCCGCCCAUGGGUCUCCCGGUCACGGCCGGCUGCGACAGAGCCAGGACUCGAACCAGGAUCUCUAGUGGCACAGCUAGCACUGCGAUGCAGUGCCUUAGACCACUGCGCCACUCGGGAGCUUAAACAAUUUCAAGGCAAUGCUACCAAAUACUAAUUGAGUGUAUGUAAACUUCUGACCAACUGGGAAUGUGAUGAAAUAAAUAAAAACUGAAAUAAAUCAUUCUCUACUAUUAUUCUGACAUUUCAUAUUCUUAAAAUAAAGUGAUGAUCCUAACUGACCUAAGACAGGGAAUUUUUACUAGGAUUAAAUGUCAGAAAUUGUGAAAAAACUGAGUUUAAAUGUAUUUGGCAAAGGUGUAUGUAAACUUCCGACUUCAACUGUGUGUGUGUAUAUAUGUAAAGUUGAGGUCCAAAUGGCACCUCAUAGUUGGAAUGACCAAGCUAGCUCAUAGCCUCUUCGCUCCAUAGUUGGAAUGACCAAGCUAGCUCAUAGCCUCUUCGCUCCAUAGUUGGAAUGACCAAGCUAGCUCAUAGCCUCUUCGCUCCAUAGUUGGAAUGACCAAGCUAGCUCAUAGCCUCUUCGCUCCAUAGUUGGAAUGACCAAGCUAGCUCAUAGCCUCUUCGCUCCAUAGUUGGAAUGACCAAGCUAGCUCAUAGCCUCUUUGCUCCAUAGUUGGAAUGACCAAGCUAGCUCAUAGCCUCUUUGGAUUGGUGGAUACAUCUCAUUAUUGUAAUCCUUUUCUGAAUAUUCGAUGAGGGUUGUUGAAGUCAACCGCCUGUAUUGAAAGGAGAGCGACUCAAUGCUACUACCUCAUGCUCUGAAUAUGCAUAGCUAUCUGGAAACCUGAUAAAAGUGUUUUCCUGUGGCUGAGUCCAUCUUGUAAGUUGAUGACCAACACUCUAUCCUAUUCCAAUAAACCAACGUAGCAUCAUAGCCUCUUUUUUGGAUGACCAUCAAGCACUCUAAACCUCUUGCUUGUUGUGACCAACAUGAAAUAGCCCCUCGCUUAGUGGGCAGCAGCUCUGCUUUUGCUCGAUGUUGGAAGUUACAGCUAGUCAUACCUCUAUCUCAACGUUUGGAAUGCCAAGCAGCGCAUAAGCUCUUGUCCAUACGCUGUGGAAUGAGCGACUAGCUCAUACGCCUCUUCUGCCCCAGGGAUGAAGAGUUGGUAAUAGUUUUUAGGUAGGGACAAUGUCUGCUCUUCAGUGAAAGAGCAGCUGUCAGUCAUCCCUUGAAGGAAGACCAGCUAGCUCUUCUUUUUCGUUGGAUGACAAUGGUCUUUUUCCAUAGUGGACUUGUCAAGUAGCUAAGACUUCGCAUAUUGGAAUACCAGCUGCAUACUUUCAGUUGUUGGAUAACUAGUAUAUCAGCUCUUGCUAUAGUUGGAAUGACACAGUGCUAACAUAUUUUCUACAUUGUUGUGACCAGUAUGCUCUGGGAUCCUCUAUGGGAUAUCUGAACCAAGGACAUCCCCUCCUUUGAAGUACAAAUGUCCUCUUCGAAAUCAUAUUGAUUGACCAAGCUAUAUAGCCUUGUUUCAUAUUCAAAUAAAUACUUGCUCUUCUCAUGUAUUACCAGCGGCUGUCAGCCUAUCUUGUUGGUGGCAACUAGUCAUUUUCUACUCCUUUCUCUGAAAUCCGGAUGAGUUGCGAGUACCUCUUCAUGAAAGGAGCGACUGCUGUACUGACCCUGCUCUGUAUCCUGCUGUCCAGAAACCUGUUAAGUGUUUCCGUGCUGGAUGUCACCUGUACUACUGAUAGUACCUAAUAAAACUUGAGUGUUACCAAACUUCAUUAGAUCAAAUAAACCUCACGCUAGCCAAAUAAGACAUUCAUUUUUUGGUUGACCAAAUUCAACACUCUAAAACUCCUUGCUUGGUGUGCGAAACAAUGAAAAUACGCCACCUGCUGGAGGGAGAGCGUUUUCCGCUGAGUUGGGCCUCUCUGGGAAAGAUUAACUUUAUGCAAAUACUCUAUCGCAACGUUAUUGACCAAUAGAAGCUCACUAGAGCUUCCAGACCCUGCUGGAUUGGCUGUUUAUACCUAGAACUACCUAGCCUGCUUACUAGCACCCACAUGGGCGUGAAGGGCUGGUAAAUAUGUUUUUGGGGUACGGGAUGUCGUCUUCAGCGACGGGAGGUCUGUGUACAGGUCUCCCGGAGCGAAGAGGCUAGCUGCCUCGUUUUUUGUUGACAUGUCUUCCUGUGUGCUUGUCAAUAGAAAGGACUUCCGGAGUCAUUGCUCAGAAUCAGCUGCAUAAUUUCAGUGUGUGAUAACUAGGAUAUAUCAGGGUUUGAUCAUAUGAGCUGGAUGACAACAGUGGCUAACAUAUUUCUACAUUGUUUGUCAGGUGAUGUUCUGGAGAUCGGGGCUCUGUGGGGUAUCCUGAAGAAGGACAUCCCCUCCUUUGAGAGAUACAUGUCCCAGCUGAAAUGCUAUUACUUUGAUUACAAGUAAUGUCACUUGUUUCAUAUUCAAAAUAAUACUGGUCUUUCUCAAUGUAUUCCCAGAGCAUGUCAACCUAUGCUUGUUCAGUAGUCAACUAGAUCAGUUUUCUCCCACUCUUCAUCUUCCAUCCAGGGAUGAGUUGCCAGAGUCAUCUUACAUGCACCAGCUGCUGGGUCUGAACCUGCUCUUCCUGCUGUCCCAGAACCGUGUGUCAGAGUUCCACACGGAGCUGGAGAGGCUGACUGCUAAAGACAUCCAGACCAACGUAUACAUCCGACACCCCGUCUCCCUAGAGCAGGUGACUGCCGCCGCUUCAGACGUGUGCCUCAUCUCCCUUCGUUGACUUCUUACUUUUACUAUUUUCAACAGGAACUUCUUCGCUGGUUCUCAUCUCUUCUCAGUUUUAUCUUUGUGGAGCCAUGUAACUUCCCAUGUGUAGAACUGGCUUGUAUAAUGUCUGUUUUUCCUGUCAGUACCUGAUGGAGGGGAGCUACAACAAGGUGUUUCUGGCCAAAGGGAACAUCCCUGCUGAGAGCUACACCUUCUUCAUAGACAUUCUGCUAGACACCAUCCGGUAAGAGACAGCAUGACUUCUGACAUGGGAUGAAUUCAUAUUGCCUGGAAAUGGCAGAUGCAUGGAUUCGGUGAGUCGUCCUUGUGGUCCAGCGAUGGCAUGGUGUGAUUUGUUAUCCGUCUUGUUUCCAGUGAUGAGAUUGCUGGGUGCAUAGAGAAGGCGUAUGAACAGAUCCAGUUCAACGAAGCUACCAGAGUGCUCUUCUUCUCCUCCCCGAACAACAUGACAGAGUAUGCCAAGAAGGUUAGUUCAUGUCCGUUCUACUCUGUUGUGUGCCCUACUGAACACUAGCCUGGUCCAAGAUCUGUUUGUGCUUGACAUAAGAGUCGGCUUUACAGCACAAACAGAUCUGGGACCGGGCUAACUGAUCAUGCCCCUGGAUUUGAGAGAAUGGGAGAUCCGUAGAACUUGAGUUUAGUCCAGCGGGGCUGGACCCAGAGCCUCAUCAUAUAUUAAAGUUGUGUGUGUUUUGCAGCGGGGCUGGACCCAGAGCCCAGACGACUACUACUCGUUCAGCAGCCAACAGCAGAGGACAGAGGAAGUCAACAUCCCCUCCACUGAGCUGGCUACGCAGGUCAUCGAAUACGCUCGGCAGCUGGAGAUGAUUGUUUAGAGAGAGCAUCAUACUGCAGACGCUCGCUAUAUUCAUCUGACACCUUAGACCCAGACCCAGACACAUGCAGACAUACAGAUUGUCAGACUGGUAGAUUUUCCAACACUUUUGUUCUCUUCCACUCCCCCUGCUUCUCACGGCUCUGAUAAGAGACUGGGCAUGAGUGUUUCUACAUCCUCUAGUCUGACCGUAUGUUUACACAUCGGAGUAAUGUACUGAAAUAAAGUUGUGGCAUCACUUCACAACUAAGGCCAGUCUGUUCCGUGGCUCCUGACAGCUUUGUCCACCUUUGGGAAUUACCCUGAGUUUAAAGAUUGAAGUGUUGGCACAUUCUAAUGGCCAAGUUUCCAUUUACCCUAACUGCAUUGAGGAACUUGAUGUGAACGUUUGGAGAGUUUGUGUCUAGGGGAAUAGGGUGUAAUUUGAGAUUUUCCCUGUCCAUUUACUAAUGCAUAGUGUGCUGCAAAACAGUGGCCAUAUAGUGAGUCUUCCAUGUCUCUAAAUGGUUGACAUCCUGCAUUACACCUGGUAUUUGGGUUAUCCUUGUCCUCUGAGGUAUUUUUUUUUUUUUACUCUAGUGCUCACAGAAGUCUAUUUCAAUGCCCUGGCCUCGUCUCCUAGCAACUGACAAAGAAUUGCUGUAAAAGUAUUUGUUAAAUGUUUGGUUUAAUUUCUUGCCCCCCCCCCCCUCCCCCUCAAUGGUUUGUAAUCUAAUUGAUCUGGAAAAUACAAAUGUUUGUUUCUGUAAGAUUAUCAACAUUUUGACAUUUAAAAUAUUAAAAUCUUUUUCUGA